AUGAAGGGACUCAAGAAGACCCUGCUUAGCCGCACCAAAUCCCAGGAUUCGGCCUCGUCCAAGAAGGACGCCAAGGCCUCUAGCGCAGCGGCAGCGGCAGCAGCAGCCGCCCCGCCGCCGCCCAUCGCGAAGCCGCUCCCGCGGCCCAUCUCCGCGUCGAGCAGCCUGAGCGACGGGAGCAACGGCGCGCCCGCAAGGACGGGCUCGCAGGCGCCGCCUCCGGCCCCUGACCGUCGAUACGCGCAAGAUAAGACGCAGCCUGCGCCCCCGAUCGUCGUCGUGCCCGACCCCGCCGACGCACGAGGCGGCGGCGGUUUUGGCUCGCCCGAGCGGCCACCCGUCGGCCUCAGCAGCGAGGCCACACCGCCGCGCGUCAACGCGCUCAACCGUCUCAGGAGCCCUAAAGACACUAUCCCGAUUGUGGGCAAGCCGCCCCGCAAGCAGCGCAGCAGCCGCUUCGUGCCGAACGAGAAGGUCGAGAUCGAGCGGCUGCCGCCGUUUAUGGAGACUGCACCGAGCGAGCGCCCGCAGCUGUUCCUUAAGAAACUGCAUCAGUGCCGGGUGAUAUUUGACUUCAACGACGCGAGCGCGGAGUUGAAGGGCAAGCAGAUCAAGGCUCAGACGUUGCACGAGAUGCUUGAGUACAUCACUACCCAGCGAGGUGUGAUCACCGAAAGCGUAUACCCCGAGGUCGUUGGCAUGUUCGCCACCAACUUGUUCCGUUCGAUACCCCCGCCGGUCAACCCGACCGGCGACGCCUUUGACCCGGAGGAGGACGAGCCGGUGCUCGAGCUCGCCUGGCCGCACCUCCAGAUCGUCUACGAGUUCUUCCUCCGCUUCGUCGAGUCGCCCGACUUCAACACCAACCUCGCGAAGCGGUACAUCGACCAGUCCUUCGUGCUGAACCUGCUCGAGCUCUUCGAUUCGGAGGACCCGCGCGAGCGCGACUUCCUCAAGACGACGCUCCACCGGAUCUACGGCAAGUUCCUCAACCUGCGCGCCUUCAUCCGGCGCUCGAUCAACAACGUCUUCUUCCACUUCGUGUACGAGACCGAGCGCCACAACGGCAUCGCGGAGCUGCUCGAGAUCCUGGGCUCGAUCAUCAACGGCUUCGCGCUCCCGCUCAAGGACGAGCACAAGAUCUUCCUCACCCGCGUCCUCCUCCCCCUCCACAAGGUCAAGUCCCUCAGUCUGUACCACCCCCAGCUCGCGUACUGCGUCGUCCAGUUCCUCGAGAAGGACGCCGCGCUCGCGGAGGACGUCGUGCUCGGCCUGCUCCGGUACUGGCCCAAGGUCAACUCGCCGAAGGAGGUCAUGUUCCUGAACGAGAUGGAGGAGAUACUGGACGUGAUCGACCCGGCCGAGUUCCAGAAAAUACAGGUGCCGCUGUUCCGGCAGCUGACGAGGUGCAUCAACAGCCAGCACUUCCAAGUCGCCGAGCGAGCGCUCUUGUACUGGAACAACGAGUACAUCGUGAACCUCAUGAGCGAUAACCUGGCGGUCAUCCUCCCCAUCGUCUUCCCGGCGCUAUAUACGAAUUCCAAGUCGCACUGGAAUCGGACCAUACAUGGAAUGGUGUACAAUGCGCUCAAAUUAUUCAUGGAGAUCAACCCAGACCUCUUUGACGAUUGCAUGCAUCAAUAUAAGCAAAAGAAGCUCGAGGAGCAGAACCAUGCCGUACAACGAUACGAGCAAUGGAAGAAACUGCGUGAGAAGGCGGCGCAGAACGCACACGGGCACCUCCCUCCCGGCUUCCAGGAAGACGAGCCAGUGCCCCCACCGCCUCCGCAGCCGAUCGACGACCAGGACAUCGCGGACUUGUCCAUGGAGCUCAACGCAGCGUCGAUCGACGCCGAGAUGCCGCACGACCUCGACGAGAGCGGGCUCGAACGCGUGCCGAUGGCGGAUCCCGGGAUCGACCACGGGUUCCCUGAGAUCAACACGGAAAUGUCGCCGACGAGCGCCCAUGGACCGCAUAUGCGACGCAAGAGCGUCUUACCUGUGGAUCCCACGGUGCUCCGGGAUCUGCAAGCGCACCGAAGCUUAGACGACAAGCUCGGACUGAACGGUCCGUCGUGAUCGGGGGAUCGUCGGUGGCGAAAUGGUUCUUUGUACUCCUUUUCGUGGUAGCACACGAUACUGCAGUUUGACUGGCGGUCGCUCCUGUACUCCCGCUCUCAUACACAUGCGUACCCCUCUAGUUCUUUACAUACUUGUACAGAUCCAGCUUGUAUGAGCUCCUUGAUAUCUCCUGUUACGCGCACGCUGCUUGUGACCUAUGAUAUAUACCCC